AUGAUUGAUGACGCAGGCGGCGAACCACUUCAUUCCCUAGAAUGUCAUCAAGAAGCAUAUGAAAAUGACGAGUUAACUGAAACUGUGGACAGUGAAGUAGCAUUACGAUCUGAGCUACAUAAUGCAGUACUGCUGUUGGUGAGAUUAGGCUAUUCAUUUGCAUCGAUAGUUGAAAAAUGUUAUGUCAAGAAGUCGUUUUUAUUACAAGUCUUUGCAGAACUUGGGCUACAAGUUCCGACAGAAGAAGAAUACAACAAGAUAACAGAGUGUAAUGAGAGCUCGUUGACCAAUGUACAUGGAUUAAUGAAAGAUGAUGAACAAGACCAAGCAAAGUUACCUAAUUCAAACUUAACUGACAAGUUGGUACGUUCAAUUCAGCAUGAUAUAGAAGAACUUGAGAGAAAUUACCUAGCAGCUGCUGUGGAUGAGCAGACUAAGAAAAAGCUACUUGAUUUACGCUCCUUUAUCAAUAGUAGACUAGACAAUAUCAUAGAAAGCUUUUCUUAUUGA